CCUCCGAAGAAAAGAAGGUUCCAGAACCCCCUCCCCAGUCAUCAACCAGAACACUCUCGUCGCUUGCUUGACUCUCCUUAUAAUCCCCAAAACUCACCGUUCAAUUUCUAAUUUUACGACUCUCUCUCCGUCUCUUCAAUCAAUAAACAGUCAAUUCUCCGGUGCCAUGGCCGAAGAAGCCAAAGCCAAGGGUAACGCCGCCUUCUCCUCCGGUGACUACGAGACCGCCGUUCGCCACUUCAGUGAUGCUAUCGACCUCGCCCCUACCAACCACGUGCUCUAUUCGAACCGAUCUGCCGCCUAUGCAUCCUUACACAAGUACCACGAAGCCUUAACUGAUGCCAAGAAAACCGUGGAGCUCAAGCCUGACUGGUCCAAAGGCUACUCCCGCCUCGGUGCGGCUCACUUUGGCUUGAGACAGGCCCAGGAAGCCAUUGCCGCCUAUAAGAAGGGUCUCGAGAUCGACCCCAGCAACGAGGCCUUGAAAUCUGGAUUGGCUGACGCCCAAGCAGCUUCCCGAACCCGACAGCCUCCGAGUCCUUUCGGUGACGCGUUUGGUGGACCCGAGAUGUGGGCGAAAUUAACAGCGGAUCCGGCUACUAGGGCAUAUCUGCAACAGCCGGAUUUUGUUAAGAUGAUGCAGGAUAUUCAGAACAAUCCAAACAAUUUGAAUCUUUACUUGAAGGAUCAGAGAGUUAUGCAGGCGCUUGGGGUUCUGUUGAACGUGAAGAUGAAGGCACCGACUGGCGAGGAUAUGGAGUUUCCGGAGGAUGACUCACCACCGCCACCAGUGAGGAAGGCAGAGCCGGCGAAGGAGGAAACGAAAGAGCCAGAGCCGGAACCCAUGGACUUGACGGACGAAGGGAAGGAGAGAAAGGAGACGAAGGAUCUGGCUGUGAAGGAGAAGGAGGCUGGUAAUGCGGCAUACAAAAAGAAGGACUUUGAGACUGCUAUAGCGCACUACACUAAGGCCACAGAACUUGACGAUGAAGAUAUCUCUUACAUUACCAAUCGAGCGGCAGUUUAUCUGGAGAUGGGCAAGUAUGAAGAAUGUAUCAAAGAUUGUGACAAGGCUGUUGAAAGGGGAAGAGAGCUUAGAGCAGACUUCAAGAUGGUAGCUAAAGCAUUGACAAGGAAGGGUACUGCUCUAGCAAAAAUGGCAAAGUGCUCGAAGGACUAUGAACCAGUUAUUGAGGCAUUCCAGAAAGCUCUUACAGAACAUCGGAAUGCAGAUACAUUGAAGAAACUAAAUGAUGCUGAGAAAGCAAAGAAAGAACUAGAGCAGCAAGAAUAUUUUGAUCCAAGGGUGGCUGAUGAGGAGCGUGAGAAAGGUAAUGAAUUUUUUAAGCAGCAGAAGUACCCAGAGGCUGUGAAGCAUUACACAGAAGCCUUAAGAAGGAACCCGAAGGAUCCAAAGGUAUAUAGUAAUAGAGCUGCAUGCUACACAAAACUUGGGGCACUACCUGAGGGAUUGAAGGAUGCAGAGAAGUGUAUUGAGCUGGAUCCAACCUUUUCCAAGGGGUAUACAAGAAAAGGUGCUGUUCAAUUUUUCAUGAAGGAUUACGACAAGGCUCUGGAAACUUACCAGGAGGGGCUGAAACAUGAUCCUCAAAAUCAAGAUUUGCUUGAUGGUGUGAGAAAAUGCAUCGGGCAAAUUAACAAGGCUAGCCGUGGUGAUUUAACCCCCGAUGAAUUGAAAGAGAGACAGGCGAAGGGAAUGCAGGACCCAGAAGUUCAGAACAUUCUUUCUGAUCCAGUUAUGAGACAGGUAUUGACGGACUUCCAAGAGAACCCAAAGGCAGCACAGGAACAUAUGAAGAACCCGAUGGUGAUGAAUAAGGUCCAGAAGCUUGUCAAUGCGGGAAUUGUCCAAAUUAGAUAGAAUGUGAUGAGAAAGUUGAAGACUAUUAAAGGGCAAAAGGCGUUCCUGUUAAUAACUUGUACUUUUGAUUUGAGUGCCAUUUAUUUAUUUCUUAAAAAACUAUUGCAUUUGGCAAUUUUUUUUUGAGGUGAUGCUAUUUUCAAACAGUGAGACGGGCACUUUUUCUUCUAA